AAUAAAUUAAGAAGACUUUGAAACCUUUGUGUUUAAAAGAAGUAUCGGAUUUGACUGUUCGUUAGUUUGUUUUGCUGAAUAAAAACCUCAAAGGUCGCAGAUAAGGAAACGACGCGUUACGGCUCUGUAUCGCGCCGCCCAGUCCACCACUGCAGAUGAUAUAAAUGUUAACUUUUGAGAGUAACGCUCGUUAAAUGAUUAACAAGUGAUAAGGGCGCACCAUUGCCUUUAAUUUGUAGUAUUAAUAAAAACUCUCGGUCAUGCGGCCAUUCAGUGUAUGGGGUCUAAGUCUGGCUGUCUUGCUGGCCACGCAGGUGAUUUGCAAGGACACCGAUAAGGAUACGAUACAGCUGGUUCAUGUGUUUUUCAGACAUGGAAGCAGAACGCCGGAAAAAAGUCACCAAUACCCGACUGACCCGUAUGGGCUUAAGGAUUUUGAACCAAUGGGUUGGGGUCAGCUGACAAAUAUUGGCAAACAGAGAGCAUAUAAGCUGGGACACCUCCUAAGAGAAAGGUAUGACAACUUUUUGGGGCAAAUAUACACCCCUGAUAUUGUAAGGGCUAAAAGUACGGACUUUGACAGAACGAAAAUGUCAGCCCUACUAGCCCUAGCCGGUUUAUUCAAGCCAGCCCCUUCCCAACUGUGGAACGAAGAAGUAACCUGGUUGCCCAUCCCAUACGAAUACGACAAAGGGUCUUAUGAUUUUAGUCUUAGAAGGCCUCUUGCUUACUGCCCAACCUACUACAAGGAACUGGAAUCUAUUUACUCCUCACCAGAAUACUUGAUUGUGCUCAAGGAACACAAAAAACUUCUGCAAUACAUUGCAAAAAAUUCCGGAAAACCUAUGAACUCUCUUGUGGACGUUUUCAAUAUUUAUCAGACUCUUUGUUCAGAAAAAAGUCUUAAUUUAACAUUACCAGAAUGGGCCAACACUGUUUAUGAUGAUAUAGAGGAAUUGGCUGGUAAACAAUGUGAAAUAGAGAAUUCUAACGAUAUUCUAAAGAAGCUUAACGGAGGCCGUAUGUUAGGACAAGUCAUCAAGCAAAUGUUGGCAAAAACCGAAAACAAGUUGUACCCUGAACAAACUAAAAUUUUCCUGUACUCAGGGCAUGAAAACAACGUGAUAAACAUAUUGGCAGCUCUUGAUGUUUUCAAAGCCCAUGUACCCAAGUUUAGCGCCGCUGUUUUGAUAGAAUUACAUUAUUUGAAGGACUCUCAGCAGUAUGCUGUUAAAGUAUUUUAUUCCAGAGAUGUUGAUAAUAGUUUGGAAGAACAAACUUUACCUGGUUGUGGGACUUUGUGCCCGUUAACAGAUUUUAUAAGGAUCACGGAAAAACAUGUUCCCCAGAAUUAUACGCUGGAAUGUAACUCGAAUAUCGAUCUUGAUUUCUAUUAAUAUUCAUGUCAAUUUUAAAAUAGUAGAAAAAGUACCCAUAGUAUUCUACUAACCUGAGUUAUCUACAACACGUUGAUUUUUUCGAAAACAAUAUUUAUUUUAUUUAUUUAUAAUUAUAAGCAUAUAUGUAUGUAUACAGUUAGUAAUUAAAACGUUAUUUAAAAUUUACCUUUUUGUAAAUAGUGAUUAAGUUUUGUAAUUUGUAGUAAAAAUAUAAUUUAUUUUAAUGUAUUAUUAAAUUAGGAUUGCUG